AUGCCUGAAGAAACAUCAGCUGGCUCAGCCGGGGUGGCUGCCAAUUCGCCCGACACUCGUUCACGGCGACGUGGAUUUACGCUGCCUGGGUGGCUCGACCACUUCAACAAGCAUGACCUCAAGAUCGUGUUCCGAUGCUGGGUGGCUGUCUGGGUGGCUACAAUCCUGAUGUUCAUCGGACCGGCUCUGCACAGCAUCGGGAUCGCCACCUUUUUCGGAUCUCUGCUACUGUAUAUCGUACCGCCAGCGGGGAUCCUGUUCGUCUACCUCCUUGGCGCGCUAUCUCUGCUUUUUGGUAUGUGUCUUGCUUGGGCCUGGGGUCUGAUCAUGAUGAAAGCGGCCCUCGCCGCUCGACCCGGAUGGCAGACACAGGAGAAGCUGCUGGCUCUCGAGAAAGCUGCCGGAGCGCAAGCGCAACAAACAGGCCACAGUCCGAGCUGGGUAACGCAGGAGCUUAUCCACAACGGGUUCAUGUUGGAUGCACGGGUCACUGUUAUAUUUUUUGUCCUGAGUUGUCUAUUCGUGUACUUUAUGGCGCGUCUGCGAGCCGCUAAUCCCAAGUUUACCUUGGCCGAGAUGUUCGGUAACAUCGUGCUUGAUCUCUUCCUGUUAUUUGGUCCGGGCCUGCCCUCGUGGACCGGGUCAUUGGGCAAGUUGCUGGUGGAACCUGGGGCCAUUGGAAUUGCGCUGGGCUUUAUCUGCUGUCUACUAUUCUUCCCUCAGUCGACCUCCUAUGCCGUGUUGGCACAAAUGGAGAAAUUGAUUCGCAUGGGGGAGGGAGCGUUCCAGUGUACGCGUGAUCGGUUGGCGUCGGAAAAAACCGAUCUCGAUCGGAUGGAGGGAGUUAAGGCCAAGGCUAUUGGGGCCUACAGGGCCUUGCAUCCGAUGAUGAAAUUCUUGCCACUGGACGUCUCUCGAGGACGGUGGAGCGCUGACGAUGUCAAAGGCCUAUUGGAACCCGUUCGUGGAGUCAUGAUGGCUCAGGUGGCCCUCUUAGAUUUUCACAUUGCCCGACGGCGGGCGGAGAUCAAAUUGGAGGCUCUCAAGUCCCCAUCGGACGGGUCACAAGAUGAGGGCAGGCUUGAUGGUAUGAACCCCGAGGAUGAGAAAGAGCAAGACACUUCUCGCAAGGGAAUUGCGCGCUGCCGACCACGCGAAAACGUCGACAUGAUGCAUGCGCUUACAGCGCCAGAACUGGGUGCCAUUCGAUCCCGGGUAUUGGAGGCCCUGCGGGAUACGACGGAUGAAAUACUGCAAGUCUUUUCGGAAGCAGUGACAGUUGUGGCCGAUUCUAUCCAUGUGGUCAACACCAGGAGAUGGUUCGGAGAAUAUCCGGAGGAUCGUUACAAGGAGCUCUUAUCGCGUUGUGAGAAGACAGUUGAUCGAUUACGCAGGGCACGCCAGACCUUUAUCACAGACACGCCCGAUCGCUUGAUCGAAUGCCACCAGGACCUUUUUAAUGCCAGUGGUCAGCUCAAGUCCCCCGAGCUCCUUGGUCCGCAUGCACUGCAGAGUUUGGUCCGCGGGAUUGUGAUCGAGGAGCGGAUUUUCAGCUCGGCAAUCGCAAUGGAAAGUCUGCUGGAAAAGGUUCUGCACCUGUCACAAACUAGAACCAAACACCGUCUCUGGUUCCCCAUAGGCUUUCGCUAUGCUAUUUCCUGGGUCACUGAUGGCCGCGAGGGUGCUCCCAUGGCCAAUUCAUCCAUCGGCACUGGAGAUGACCCAGACGCCGUCGAGGAGCUGACAAAGGAAGCUUAUCGCCAGCUCCGGAUCAGUCGAGGAUACGGGAGUGCCCGGCGGCAAGGCCGCGUUAGUCGCAUCGUGCGAGGAAUAUGGGGCUGGCUCACCAAUACUGGAGGGAUGUAUGCCUUGCGGAUGGUGAUCGUGACAAUCGCCACAGCUAUCCCGGCAGUACUCCCGUCAACCGCGGGCUUCUUCUAUCGCGAAAGAGGGAUCUGGGGGGUGAUCACAGCGCAAAUUGGCGUUCUCACGUACAUGGCAGACUUCGCCUUCUCGUUUCUAGGCCGAUUGAUCGGUACUGUGAUCGGCGGCGUCAUUGGCAUGGUAGCGUGGUAUAUCGGGUCUGGACACGGCCCAGGAAAUCCAUAUGGCAUGGCCGCAAUUACUGCCGUCGCGACGCUGAUUCUGAUUUGGGGCCGCUUGUUUCUUCCACCACCCUUUGUCUCUGGGGCCAUCAUGGCGGGUGUCACAUUCUCCCUGGUAAUCGGGUUCAGCUACGACGAUGGUCACAUUCAGACCUACGGCCUUCCGGGCCGGGUGACCGUGUUGCUGGGGCUCGUCGCGGCUUUUGUCGUGCAGGUCUUCCCCCGACCUCCCUCAGCCAGUCGCCACAUCCGCAAAACGUUAGCAAACACCAUCCGCACGUUAUCCGACCAUUAUGCCUUGCUGCUGUCUCACUGGGAUUGCGCCAGCGACCGCAGUGCCGUCGAUGUUGUGGCGGUUCAGAUUUCACUGAGUGUGGUGGAGUCUCUCCUCGCUCUCCAGGGCCCGAUCGGCCUUCUCAAGCUCGAGCUGAGCUUGGACGCCUUCGACCGGAGAACCCUGGGUCAGGUGCAGAGACUCUGCCAGGACAUCAACCAGGCCCUCGGCCACCUGUUGACCCUGUCCGGAACCCUGCCCAUUAGCUUUCAAACGCGCUUGGUGCAGACGACGGGGAUCUUGGAUGAUCUUACCAUCGGAAAUGUGAUGGCCGUUUUGGGAGUCAUUGAGCAGGCGCUGAAGACGGGGAUGCGUUGCCGGAGCGGCUGCCGACGCCGUUGCUGA